AUGGUGUGGCCCUUCUCGGCGCAGACAGCUAGGGAACCAGAGGCUGCGGCGAGUGCAUGCCCUGUGGAUCAUACUACACGCGCGAAAUGGGAAGAGCAGAGCAAGUGCCCGGUAGACCACAAUGCACGGGCUUCUCUGCUGGAUGCAGCUAAAAAGCAAGCGAGCACGGGCAGCUCGUCCGGCUUGUCACAGGACCGCGAAGUGUCUUCAAUUCCGCGAUACUACAUGAAUGAUAAGUCCAAGCCGGCAGUGUCUUCUCACUCUCCAAAGGACACUGCUAUUGAAGAGUACGAAUCACACUGGGUCUACCCUUCGCCUGAGCAGUUUUACACCGCCGUGCGCCGGAAAAACCAUGACGCACGGGCCGAGGACAUGAGCGUGGUGGUCCCUAUCCAUAAUGCUGUGAAUGAAGAGGCGUGGCGACGGAUUCUUGAUUGGGAAAAACAGUGGCAAAGCGACCCAUCGUCGCCAGGCCCUCAGCUCGUCAAUUUCGUCGGUCGUCCCCGCGACGUGACUUGGCGCGCUUGGAUGAGAGGUUUGGCUGGCUAUCAAAUGCCAUUUGACCGCCAUGACUGGACUAUUGUACGCCCUGGGGCUGAGGGGGACACACCGCGUUCUAUGCGCUAUAUCAUCGAUUUCUAUGCUGGACGAAAUACUACGUCCUCCGAGGUGAUGGGCCGGGCACAGCCAGUGUCGUUCCACUUGGAUGUGCGUCCGGCUCCCAGCACGGUCGAAGGCAUUGCCAUGCGUGUGCACCGUUUUUUCCAUGACAUGAGCCUAUAG